AUGAUAACGUUAAGAAUGGCGAUGAAUUGCCGUCACCGGCUCGAACCAAAGCUCGAUUCGUACUAUUUCAAAAACACAAUUCAGAGCAUUCCAACGUAUGUCUCCGCUGGCGACGUUCUGUCACGUGAUCUCCAAUGGUGCGCCGAGCAGCUAAACAAGAACUUGAAGGCCCACGAUAACGGUACGGUGAGACCCGUUUCUGUUCGGAGCGGGCGGGCUAAUCAGUAUCAUGGUAAGAUUUUGCAUGUUCUGGGGAGGGAAGGUGGUGGGACUGUUGAUUUGGAGGUGGUCUUGGAGCCCGAGACUAUGCCGGGUUUGGAGUUGGAUUCAAAGUUCAUGUAUUAUGUGUCGGGUUAUUGA